UAUUAUCAGGGAAAAAUUCAAAACAACAACUGUUGUUUUGAAUUUUUCCCUGAUGAUCCAUUCAUCAUCUUUCCACAAGAACGCCAUACUGUGAUCUCAAGCAAUAAGCAGCAGGAGCAACAUAAUUAAAUCAUAAUCAACAAUGGGAAGCCCAAUUCUGGCGGAAUUCAAGAGACAGGCCUCCUUCUACCUCAAAGAGAAGAUCAAAACUGCUCGCUUGGCGCUUACCGAUGUCACCCCCGCACAACUAUUGGCAGAAGAAGCUACAAGCGAAAACGUAUGGCCGCCCGAUACACGCAGCAUGGGAGUGAUCUCGAGAGCAGCUUUCGAAGUCGACGAUUACUGCAGAAUUGUGGAAAUUGUACACGAUAGGUUGAUAAACUUCGAUGGAGAGAGUUGGAGAAUAUAUUACAAGACCUUGCUCCUGUUAGAACACCUUCUCACCCAUGGACCUCUGAGAGUUGCUGAAGAGUUUGAGAGGCAGAGGCAUGUUAUCAGGAAGAUUGGGUUUUCUUUCUCGGUCAUCGACGAAAAUGGCUUCAACUGGGGGUUGACCUUGGCAAACCUGUCCUUGAAGGUGAUAAAGCUAAUUGAAGACGGCGAGUUUCUCAUGGAAGAAAGAACACGAAAACGAAGAUUAAUGCGAGGGAUUCAAGGAUUCGGAAGAAGAUUCAACAAUGAACACCCUUCAACAUCAUCGUCGUCGUCAUCUGAUACAGAGGAUGGCAGCCCGAGCAGGAAACCCUGGCGGAAUUCCAGCUACGAUCUAUCCCAAGAAAGAGCACAUUCUCCUGCAGAACUUUCUGCAGACGAUUUAGAUUCGGAUGAUGGCAGCCAGAGCCAGAGUCCUGACUCCACAGGUGCCGGGAUACUACUAAAGGCAAUAACCAGGUGGAAUUCAAGCUGCGAUCUUCCCAAACUAAGGCUCCAUUCCUAUACCGAACUUCCGCAGGAUGAACCAUCAGCUGAAGAUGAAGAACACGAGGGUUUUCCCACCAUUGAAGGCGACCACCCUUUACUAGUAAACAGUGACAUCCAGCCAUAGCAUCAGUUUCUUCUCUCUAAAUAAUGAAUAUUUAUCAUGAAAGACACAAAGCCGUUUUGUGUGGUAUGUAAAGGCCUAUGCAUUAAUUAAUUUUGAUGCUUUUCAUGUUGUGAAUAAGUAAAGCAAACACAAAUUAAUCAGAAGACCUUCGAGUGGGGGGAUAAAAGAGAAUAAACAGAAUAGGUUUUACAAGCGCAAAAAGGGAGAAACUUGCAUUCUAACAGUCAGAAAAAAAGCUUCUUAACAUAGUAAAACAAAAAGCAAUUGGGACCUCUUUUUUUUUUUUUUGUUGCUAUCUCGACUUGUGACCUCUUUCUCAAAAUCAUCACUCCAAACACCUGAGAAUAAACAUAGAAGAAGAAGGAUAACAAAGCAAGAACAGGAGGGGAAGGGUUGCAAUAUCGUCCUCUCUUGGAAAUAUUGCAGAACAGGUGGUGUACUUCCUUUGUUCUUCCAUAGGCUGGUUUUCCCCUUUUUGAAACUGAAGACGGCUUAGAAGCACUUCCUGUGGACAAUUGAUGGUCCAGACUCGUCGUACUCUGCCUUGGCAAUCCACAUCUGCUGAAAGGUGCUGAGGGAAGCCAAGAUGGAACCACCAAUCCAGACACUGUACUUCCUUUCCGGCGGUGCAACCACCUUGAUCUUCAUGCUGCUUGGUGCAAGUGCAGAGAUUUCCUUGCUCAUUCUGUCAGCAAUACCAGGGAACAUAGUGGACCCACCACUGAGCACAAUGUUUCCAUACAAGUCCUUCCUAAUGUCCACAUCGCACUUCAUGAUGGAGUUGUAGGUGGUCUCAUGGAUCCCUGCAGCUUCCAUUCCUAUCAUGGAUGGUUGGAAGAGGACUUCAGGGCACCUGAAGCGCUCAGCACCGAUGGUGAUAACCUGUCCAUCUGGCAACUCAUAGCUCUUCUCAACAGAUGAGCUGGUUUUGGAGGUCUCCAUUUCCUGCUCAUAGUCAAGAGCUAUGUAUGCUAAUUUCUCCUUCAUGUCCCUUACUAUUUCCCGUUCUGCUGUAGUGGUGAAGGAAUAGCCACGCUCGGUUAGGAUCUUCAUCAGGGCAUCAGUGAGAUCACGGCCAGCAAGGUCGAGACGAAGGAUGGCGUGGGGAAGGGCAUAACCCUCGUAGAUUGGGACUGUGUGGCUGACACCAUCACCAGAAUCUAGCACAAUACCUACAUAGAACCACAGACAAACACACUUCUUAGAAAAACUGUUGACCCUAAAUGUCAUUGAUUACAAGUGAAAAGCCGCACUGAUAUAUUUCAUCAAGCUAAAAUAUAACAGCUUACCAGUUGUACGGCCACUGGCAUAUAGGGAAAGCACGGCCUGAAUGGCGACAUACAUGGCAGGGGUGUUGAAGGUCUCAAACAUGAUCUGGGUCAUCUUCUCACGAUUGGCCUUGGGAUUCAGGGGAGCCUCGGUGAGAAGAACUGGGUGCUCUUCAGGGGCAACACGGAGCUCGUUGUAGAAGGUGUGAUGCCAAAUCUUUUCCAUGUCAUCCCAAUUGCUCACAAUAC